AUGUCUGCGUUCAUACCGUUUCUUGGACGCAUCUCUUUCACCGACUACGUGAUCCUACUUCUGGUAAUGGUUGAGAAGUUACUGACCGUGGUGUUGAAUUGCAUUCCAAAGGUAUGGAUGGAUACGGCAACCACGGUGAUCAAUACGCUUACCAGAGGUGCACUGGGACCCGUUGACGAGCUUUCGCAACAAUUGCGCGAUGCCAAAAAUAUUCAUGAAAUGGGUCAAAUCUUCGGAGUUGACAUAGAGGACCACAUUGUACGCACCGAAGAUGACUACCUGCUAACUUUGCACCGUUUGGCCCCUUCGCCAGAAAAUAGCAACGGACAGGUAGUCUAUCUGCACCACGGACUGUUGAUGUGUUCGGACAUCUGGAUGUGCCACACACAGCGUGAGUGCAACUUGCCGUUAGUCCUACAUUCGUUAGGAUUCGACGUCUGGAUGGGUAAUAAUCGGGGAAAUAAGUACUCGACUCAACAUUUAUACAAGGGUCCCAAAACGCAGGAUUUUUGGAGCUUUUCGAUCGACGAAUUCGCAUUUUUCGACAUCCCAAAUUCCAUCGAGUUUGUGCUGGAACACACGCAGCAAGAAGAGCUCAUAUGUGUUGGGUUUUCGCAGGGUUCUUCACAAACGUUUGCCGCAUUGAGUGUGCGUGAAGACCUCAAUAAAAAAAUCAGUCUAUUUGUUGCCAUUGCGCCCGCAAUGACACCGCAAGGCUUGCACAACCGUAUUGUCGAUACUCUACUAAAGUCAAGUCCACGGGUGAUGAACUUGUUUUUUGGAAACCGUAUACUAUUGCAGAGUGCCACCGUAUGGCAGAAAACGCUGCCGCCGUCGCUAUUCAACAUUAUUAUCGACCUCGCCAACCGGUUUUUGUUUGACUGGAAGUCUUAUAACAUUACCUCACAGCAGAAACAUGCCUCCUAUGCUAAGCUGUACUCGACCACCAGCGUAAAAACCGUCGUCCACUGGUUUCAGAUUCUUCAUGCGCAGCGGUUCCAGAUGUUCGAGGAACACGACAUCGUCAUGAACUCGUGGAACCCUACUCGUUCUUACCAAAUCACAACUUUCCCCACACGCACCAAUAUUUGCAUCCCUGUUCUGUUGUUGUAUGGAGGUUCCGAUUCGCUGGUCGACAUCGAAGUUAUGAAGGCCAACCUCCCCGUUUCUCAAGUCUUUGACGUGAUGAUUCCGGCUCACGAGCAUUUGGAUCUUCUGUGGGGCCGCGACGUCGGGAAUCUUGUCAUUCCCAAUUUGCUGCGUUUUGUCUGGUUUUUCAAGGACAUCAAAGCGUUAGAAGGUGGCACUGCUUUUGAUUCUGCGAAUGAGCUUGCCAGUCCUUUUACCAGAAACUACAGUGACAGCGUCCUAACCAAAGCCCCAUGA